ACGGCAGCCACCUGCGAUGAAACCACCUGGCCAUCUCUUCCCGUAACAAUUUGAAUUUAAUUCUUCAGGUGCGACUUGUCGCAGCCAAUGGGUCUGGUGAAGUCUAUAGAACAAUCGCAAUAGUGAUGAGUUGUUCGGUAACCGGCACGGUGGGAAACGAUGGAAGGGAUUCUGUCGACUUCCGAUGAACAAACACCUACCCCGAAGAAAUACCUGGCUUAUAUUGUUACCCAACGCCACCGUUACGGCAGUGAUAUCCAUAUAAAACUCAAUACAUUCGACCUGCGGUCCCUUUCCCUCUCUCCCCUUCCUUGUUACCCACACAGCACUGUAAUCUUGCAGCGUAUUCAUAACCGACCAAUUUCGGGAUUAGAGAAGAGCAACUCCAUUACAAUGUCGACUUUCAAAAUCCUUUCCGAAGCAAUUGGAUUGCGUCCCUCUCUCGGCGCGGUGUUGCUGGGAAGCCUGGUCAGCGCGUUCCUGUCAGGUAUCGUGACGAUGCAAGUGUUCCUGUAUUACCGGAUAUACCCUAAGGAUCGGCUCAGGUAUAAGAUCAUGGUCGCAUCCAUAUGGGCAAUGGAUCUUCUACAUACCGCCAUGGCGAGCGCAGCCAACUGGACAUAUCUCAUAGACCACUUUGGCGAUGAGAGUAUUUCAGACUUCAUUACCCGGACAAUCGCUGUUACAGUUGCCCUUACCGCAUUCAUUACUUGGUUUGUUCACUGCUUCUUCGCACAUCGUAUCUUCACUUUGAGCCGAUCAAACUAUUACAUUACGCUCCCUAUUGCCACUCUUGCUCUUUUUCGUCUUGCUGCUGCUUUAGUAUCAACGUCAAAAAUGAUCAAACUUCGCAGUUACAAGAAGUUCGUUCAGUACUUUAGUUGGGUGUUCACGAUUGGUCUGUCAACUGCCGCCGCAGUCGAUAUCAUGAUCGCUGCUGCACUUUGCUGGUACUUGAAUAGAAGUAGAACUGGGUUUUCGAGUAUGGACACAAUAAUUGACUCAAUUACACUUUAUACAGUCGAGAACGGGCUGGUGACUUCGAUCACGACGGUUGUUUCACUCAUUUGCUGGGUUUCUAUGCCACACAACCUCAUCUUCCUCGGCUUGCAUUUCGCCAUUAGCAAAUUGUAUGCGAACGCAUUCCUCGCAACUUUGAACGCGCGCAAGGUUCUCCGAGGGCGCUCACAAGGAUCCAGUGAUCGUGGCGAUCGUCCUCUUCCUGUCCUCUUCCCAGAGAAUUAUAGUCGGGUUGGCAGAGCAAAUGGCUUUGCGUCAAGACACGAUGUUGAUCCCGUCCCUGCAAAGGUCCAGAUUAGCGUUCAGAAGACGAUACAACACGAUAACACAGGCGGCGACCUCCCCAGUCCUUCACGCUCCAUCUUAGACUCUGACGAUACGACUAUGACCAAAGCGGGAGUCGUCAAUUAAGACUUUGGAAUUCGGCCAUCCUUGAUUUCAUUUAUGAAGAGUCCUGUUAGGUAUAUAGAUUUAGGAAGUUGUCAUUGGUUGCAUGCUUUGCCGUCGUAAUGUAUAAAGGUGUUGUUACCCAUUUACGUGUGGUAUUCUUUAUCACCUCUUAUCCAAGCUCGGUCGAUUCUAUACCAUAAUGUCAU